AAUAAUAUGAAACUUUUUCUGUAUUCUGUACCUGUGGACUAGAAUCUAUCUCUCUCUCUCGCUCUCUCUCUCUCCCUCUCAAACACAUGAAAUCUGAUUCAAGGCUAAAACAUAAGCGAAAGAGAGAAAUACCCUUUUCUCCUUCCUCCCCGGAACACCCGUUGCCUCCGGCAACCCCUCCUUCCAGAAUGAGCCAGUGUGUUCCCAGCUGGGAUUUCGACGACAAUCCCAACCCUACCAGGCUUUCCCUCCGCUCUCACUCCAAUUCCACCGCCCCUGACGUCCCCAUGCUGGACUAUGAAGUUGCGGAGCUGACGUGGGAGAACGGCCAGCUAGCUAUGCACGGCUUAGGACCGCCACGUGUGCCGGUAAAGUCCACCACCUCUGCAUCCAAGUACAGUACUUGGGAGAAGCCGCGAGCCAGCGGAACUUUGGAAUCCAUAGUGAACCAAGCCACUCGAUUGCCGCCGCCCAACCGGAAGCCGUUCAACGGAGCCGGCGUCGAAGACUUGGUUCCGUGGUUCGACCACCACCACCGGGCCGUGGCGGCUGCGGCCGCCGCCGCCGCCGCCUCGAAUACUAUGACUAUGGACGCGCUCGUGCCCUGUUCCAACAGGACCUCCGACGUUGACCAGGGGCAGGUCAAGGACGGGCUCGGCACGUGCGUGGUCGGGUGCUCUACACGUGUCGGGUCCUGCAGCGGAGCUGCUGACGGUGGUGGUGGUGGGGGGACGAACGAGAAAGACGUGGACAUGGUCUUCGCGGGGAGACGCGCGGCGGAGGCGCGUGCUCCUGCGGAGUGGAGCAGCAGAGACCAGAGCGUCACUGGGAGCGCCACGUGCGGGAUGGAUAGUCAGCAUGUAACGCUUGACACGUGUGAUAUAGACCUCGGUAUUGGGAUUACUUCUACGUCGCUUGGCUCCCCGGAACACACCAGCUCCGCCGGCAAGCCCUGCACAACAAAGGCCACCACCACCGCCGAUGACCAUGACUCCGUUUGCCAUAGCUCACCUCAGAGGGAGGCAGGCGAUGAGGACAAAAAGAAGGGUAAUGGAAAAUCCUCUGUUUCUACCAAAAGGAGUAGGGCUGCUGCCAUUCAUAACCAAUCUGAACGUAAAAGGAGAGAUAAAAUAAAUCAAAGAAUGAAGACACUGCAGAAGCUGGUCCCCAAUUCGAGUAAGACUGAUAAGGCGUCGAUGCUUGACGAAGUAAUUGAAUAUCUAAAGCAACUGCAAGCUCAAGUGAAUAUGAUGAGCAGAAUGAAUAUGCAACCAAUGAUGAUGCCAAUGACCAUGCAACAACUUCCCAUGUCCAUGAUGGCUCCACUAGGCAUGGGGAUGGGUAUGGGCAUCGGCCUUGGCAUGGGCAUUGACAUCAACCGCCCCAACAUCGCUGGCAUCUCUCCUGUUCUUCACCCUACCGCCUUCAUGCCCAUUACCUCCUGGGAUGGCUCCGGCGGUGACCGGUUACAAGCUGCCACCUCAGCAGCGGUAAUGCCGGACCCCUUGUCCGCUUUCCUGGCAUGCCAAUCACAGCCAAUGACCAUGGAUGCUUACAGCAGGAUGGCUGCCAUGUACCAGCAGCAGCAGCAGCAGCAGCAUCAACCACCACCUUCUAAUUCUAAGAGCUAAGCUUUCUGGUAUAUAUGCAUGCCUUGUUGCUUGCAAUGCCUACUACCUAUGGAGAAAAAAUGAAAAGUUGGGUGCAUGCAAUUGAUACAGUUUUGUGUUGCUGCAAGGGCAUACAAGGCAUGGUGUUUCUAUAUGUUGCGAGUGUUAGUGUAUAUUAGCUCCAACAGAGAAGGAAAUAGCUAAAAAUGGUGCCCUUUUUUUGGAGGGUAACCAAUUAGUGAAUAGUUGGCGCAUUUGGUGUACAAUAUUCUCUUUUUGCCUUUCAACCGAUUAAUUUGGGACCUCCGUGAUGCGUUUGUAUUUUUGAAUGAAAGAUGUAUCUUCAUUUUUUUCACUCCCCUUUUGUUCUUUCUUGCUGACGCAAUGACUGCUCAAUUUCAUCUGAUCCAUCAGCGGCCAACAUGGUAAAUGUCACGUGAACUACUAUGUCGAUCAGUCUGUAGAGGACCUGUAAUAAAAGCUGUAUUACUCCUAACGACACUCGAAAACCCAAUGUUGUAGCAUAUUUUUACUUGUAUUAUUUGCAACGAACAUACAAAAUCCUCUUUUAAUGCUUGUAAUCAGUCAAAUAUGGUCCAUUACAUGAUCACUUCACCAUGCA